AUGGAAGGGUUCAUCUUCAAAUAUCUCAGUUUGUCUGGUGUUUUUUUCAUCCUGUGCUGCAUUCUAAAAGUUUUUCAUGUCAUUUGGUGGAAACCCAAAAGCCUGGAGAAACAUUUAAAGAAGCUUGGAAUUAGAGGCAAUUCUUACACACUUAUGUAUGGAGACAUGAAGGAGACUAAGAAACUCAUAGCUGAAGCUUGGUCCAAGCCCAUGCCCUUAAACCAUGCCAUUGUACACCGCGUUAACCCUUUGUGGCACCAAAUGUUUCACAAGUAUGGAAAAAUAUCUCUGACUUGGCUUCAAAGAAGACCAAGGCUGAUUAUAGCAGACCCUGAGCUAACGAGAUUGAUACUAAAUGAUAAAAAUGGUCACUUCCAAAAGCCACCGGCGAACCCUUUGGUUAAUCUUCUAACAUUAGGUGUUAACACCUUGGAAGGGGAAAAAUGGGCCAAGCGCAGAAAACUAAUCACUCCAGCAUUUCACCACGAGAAAUUACAGGAAAUGUUGCCAGCAUUUUUAACCAGCUUCUGUAACUUGAUUGAUCAAUGGAAGAAUUUGGUUGGUUCGAAAGGAUCAUCUGAACUCGACGUUGCUCAAGAAAUGCAAAAUCUUGCAGCGGAUGUUAUUUCUCGAGCAGCAUUUGGAAGCAGCUUUGAAGAUGGAAAAACGAUAUUUGAACUUCAAAAGGAACAAGCUGGGCUCGUUCUUGAAGCCUUUAUGUCUAUAUAUCUCCCCGGUUACAGAUUUUUACCCACAAAGAAGAACAGAAGGAGAUAUGAAAUCGACAACAAAAUCAAGGCAAUGUUGAAAGAAAUGAUCCAAAGAAAAGAGAGGGCAAUGCAAAAGGGAGAAUCGAAAAACGGCGAUUUGCUAAGUUUGCUAUUGCAAUGUAAAAGUCAUACAAAUAAUGACAUGAAAAUUGAGGAUGUAAUAGAAGAAUGCAAAUUGUUCUAUUUUGCUGGGCAAGAGACAACUGCUAAUUGGCUUACUUGGACCAUCAUUGUCUUGUCAAUGCAUCCAGAUUGGCAAGAAAAAGCCAGACAAGAGGUUCUUCAGAUAUGUGGGAAGAAAACACCUGAUCUCAAAGAUAUAAACCAACUCAGAAUUGUUUCAAUGGUGCUCCAAGAAGUCUUCCGAUUAUACCCGCCCGUGACCGGUCUGAACCAUGAAAGGUGGACCAGUAAAUCAGAUUUGGCAUGA